AUGGCUGCCUCCUUGAGCUUAAAGCGGAAGGACAAUUGGGCAGACGAUGAAACGUUUGCCCUCGUAAAUAUAUGGCAUGAGAAUCUUGCAAAUUUAAGAAAAAGUAAACGCAACCGUGUGGUUUAUGAAGGAAUGAGCUGUUCUUUCAAAACAUACGGAUUUACACGGAGUUCUGCAGAGAUCUCGAAAAAAAUACAAAACUUAAACCGGCGUUACAGGGAAGAAAAAACUAAGAUUGGCACAACUGGAGGAGAACCGUCCAAAUGGAGAUUUUUUCAAGCGGUGCAUGAAGUGAUUGGGGUGCUACCGUGCCAAGAUGCAUCGUCAAUGGUGGAAAGCAUGGAUAACAGCUUUCUGGCCGAUGAAAAUACAUCUUUAGUGACAGACAUGUCUCUUGAAGAGGACUGCCAGGAAGGUGGAGCAUUACCAAAUCAACUACCUGCUGCAGAUCCAGUAGAAGAUGUUGGUGUCGGUAGUCCCCGGCCUGAACUUCCCGAACUGGAACCAGUAGCUGGUCCAUCAAAUCAAGAAGAUUCUGUUGCACCCCAGAUUCUUGUAGAAAAUGAAACGAAAAAUGGUGUUUCAAGGACAGGGGUCGAAGCUAUAUCUGACUCGGACUCGUUCCAAAACUUCGAUGACUCGGCCAAUACAACUGGACCUUCCCCUUCUGACCCUGCUCCUCUGGACGCCCAAAUGAAGGAAAUAUUGAAAGGCAUGACUGAAAUGCAAAAAAAAAUGGACAAACUGGAAAAUACGGUGCGAGAAGAGAAGACCAAACGUCAGGCAUUAGAAAAAGACGUUUCGGACUUAAAGGAGGAGUUGCAGAAGAAAGAUAAAGAAAUCGAAGAUCUAAAAAGAUUUAAAAUUGAUGGGAAGAAGAACAUCAAUUCAGUAUUUCAAAAAGUGUUUAACAAAGAUGCUGAUUGGACUCAAGCGAGAAUUUCGCCGGCCAACCUCCUCCAAGUGCCGGGGAGCAGUCGGCAAUCAACACCACCCACCUCACCCACCUCCCGGCGCCAAUCACAGAUCUUCGACGUGGUUGCGGACGACACGGAAGAUUCCGGGGAGGAUGUAGAGCCCGUCACCAAUCCCCCCAGCCCCCCUGUCUCCCCAACAUCUCCGGUACGGAUAAAUGUGAUUCCGCCGUCAGCCUCUCCCCCACCAUCAUCUCCCGUCGCCGGACCUUCAUCUCCCGUCGCCGGACCUUCAUCUCCCGUCGCCGGACCUUCAUCUCCCGUCGCCGGACCUUCAUCUCCCAUCGCUGCACCUUCAUCUCCCGUCGCAGCACCAUCCUCCACCGCACCUCCUCCUGCCCCAGCAGCCCUGCAGGCAGCCCCUGGUGGUGCUCAACUGCCGCAGCCUCGACCAGCCAGGCGGCGCCAGUGGGCGCUUGUUGCUGACCCUGGCCUCAUCGUCGUUGGUAAGCGGCAGAGGCGAGCGCCGGAGCGCUACCAGGCCCCUGCAGACUCCCUGCGUAAGCGGGCCAGGAGGAACUAA